UCCCUCUCAUACACACACACACACACACACACACAGAGCAGCGUAGAGCGCAUGAGUCCAGCGGACAUCUUUAUAACUUGUUGAGGAGAGAAGGAGAGAGGAAGCAGCGGACAGGAGAGGAGUCGACAUGGGGACGAAGCUGUGGAUCUAAAGGAGGUGAAAUGUUCUGCGUGCUGCUGCUGUGGAGCUGCGUGCUGUCCGCGGCGCACGGCUCUCCUCUACUACUCUUUGCAAACCGGCGUGACGUGCGACUCGUGGAUGCGGAUGGCGUGCGGGGCGAGUCGGCCAUUGUUGUCAGCGACCUGGAGGACGCAGCGGCCGUGGACUUCCUGUACUCUGAGGGUCUGAUAUUCUGGACGGAUGUCAGCGAGGAGGCGAUCAAACAGACGCACUGGAACCAGUCGUCAAACUCUCUUAAAGAGGCUCUGGGGACAGGUCAGACUGUGGUGGUCUCAGGUCUGGACAGUCCUGACGGGCUGGCCUGUGAUUGGUUGGGUCGAAAGCUCUACUGGACGGACUCAGAGACCAAUCGGAUCGAAGUGGCCAACCUGGACGGCUCCUCUAGGAAGGUCCUGUUCUGGAUGGACCUGGACCAGCCGAGGGCGAUCGCUCUCAACCCGGCUCAACGUUACAUGUACUGGACAGACUGGGGGGAGGAGCCGAGGAUAGAGCGAGCCGGGAUGGACGGCAGCAACAGAAAAGUGAUCGUGGACGCAGACAUUUACUGGCCCAAUGGUCUGACCAUCGACCUGCGGGAACAGAAGCUGUACUGGGCCGACGCCAAACUCAGCUUCAUCCACAGAGCCAACCUGGACGGAUCAGCACGAGAGACGGUGGUGGAGGGGACGCUGACACAUCCCUUCGCCCUGACGCUGUCCGAGGAGACCCUGUACUGGACCGACUGGCAGACCCGCUCCAUCCACGCCUGCAACAAAAACAGCGGAGACAAAACCAGAGAGAUUCUCAACGGGAUCUACUCCCCGAUGGACAUCCAGGUCCUGGAGUCACACAGACAGCCGUUCAUCCGAACUCCCUGCAGUGACAACAACGGAGGCUGCAGCCAUCUGUGCCUCCUCUCCCCGCUGACGCCUUUCUACAGCUGCGCCUGCCCCACCGGAGUGCAGCUGAAAGAGGACGGGAAGACCUGCAAACCAGGAGCAGAGCAGGUUUUGCUGCUGGCUCGACGGACUGACCUGAGAAGAAUCUCCCUGGACCUGCCAGACUUCACCGACAUAGUCCUACAGGUUGAUGACAUUCGCCACGCCAUAGCCAUCGACUAUGACCCUGUAGAGGGCUACGUCUACUGGACAGACGAUGAGGUUCGAGCCAUCAGGAGAUCCCUCAUUGAUGGCAGCAACGCCAUGAUGCUGGUUACCACGGAGAUCAACCACCCAGAUGGGAUUGCUGUGGACUGGGUUGCCAGAAAUCUGUACUGGACUGACACUGGAACGGACCGUAUAGAGGUGACCAGGCUGAAUGGAACCUCCCGGAAAAUUUUGAUUUCUGAGAACCUGGAUGAACCCAGAGCCAUCGUCCUGGACCCCGUUAAUGGCUUCAUGUACUGGACAGACUGGGGCGAGCAUCCAAAGAUCGAGCGGGCAAACCUGGACGGGAUGGACCGGGUGGUUCUGCUCAACAGCUCUCUGGGCUGGCCGAACGGACUCGCCAUCGAUCACAAUGCAGGGAAACUGUACUGGGGAGACGCUAAGACGGACAAGAUAGAGAUGAUAAACGUGGACGGCAGUAACAGGCAGACUCUGCUGGAGGACAAGCUGCCUCACAUCUUCGGUUUCACUCUGCUCGGAGACUUCAUCUACUGGACCGACUGGCAGCGGCGCAGCAUCGAGAGGGUCCACAAAGCCACGGCGGUCCGAGAGAUCAUCAUCGACCAGCUGCCCGACCUCAUGGGGCUGAAGGCCACUAAAGUGACGGAGACUUACGGUACAAACGGCUGUGCAGUGGAUAACGGCGGGUGCAGCCAUCUUUGUUUCUGGUGUCGGCAGGCGGUCAGCUGUGCGUGUCCAAUGGGGAUGGAGCUGCUGUCAGACCUGCAGACCUGCGUGGUGCCUGAAGCCUUCCUGCUCUUUACCAACAGGGACAACAUCCGCAGCAUCUCUCUGGGUACAAACAGUAACGACGUGGCGAUCCCUCUGAGCGGCGUGAAAGAGGCGUCCGCUCUCGACUUCGACGUGUCAGAGAGGAGGAUUUAUUGGACGGACAUUCAGGCCAAGACGAUCAGCCGGGCGUACAUGAACGGCAGCUCUGUGGAGCACGUCAUAGAGUUUGGACUCGACUACCCAGAAGGCAUGGCGGUCGACUGGAUGGGUCGCAACAUCUACUGGGCCGACACGGGCACGAACCGCAUCGAGGUGGCCCGGCUGGACGGUCAGCAUCGACAGGUUCUGGUCUGCAAGGACCUGGAUAACCCUCGCUCGCUGGACAACCCUCGCUCCCUGGCUCUGGACCCCGCCAACGGAUUCAUGUACUGGACCGAGUGGGGGGGGCGGCCUCGCAUCGCCCGGGCCUACAUGGACGGCAGCACCACAAACACCCUGGUGGACAAAGUGGGCCGGGCCAACGGACUGACCAUCGACUACGUAGACCACCGACUGUACUGGACCGACCUGGACACGUGCAUGAUCGAGAGCACCAACAUGCAAGGCCUGCAGAGGGAGAUCAUCGUGGACGACCUGCCUCACCCCUUCGGUCUCACUCAGUACCGAGACUUCAUCUACUGGACCGACUUCAACCUGCGCAGCAUCGAGCGUGCGGACAAGCGCAGCGGACUCAACCGCACCGUGGUGCUGCAGGGCCAGCUGGAGCUCAUGCUCGACAUCCUCGUGUUCCACUCGUCCCGUCAGGAGGGAACCAACGAGUGUUCCCAUAGCAACGGAAACUGCGCCCACCUGUGCCUGGCCACGCCCGCUGGUGCUCAGUGUCGCUGCGCCUCCCACUACACUCUGAACUCGGAUGGACGAAACUGCAGCUCUCCCUCCAGCUUCCUGCUCUUCAGCCAGAAGGCGAGUAUCAGCCGGAUGGUUCUGGGCGAGCAGAGUCCCGACAUCAUCCUGCCCAUCCACGUCCUGAGGAAUGUCCGCGCCGUCAACUACGACCCGCUGGACCGGCUGGUGUACUGGCUGGACGGCCGGCAGAACAUCCGCCGGGCGAGAGACGACGGCGCCAUGUCCUCCAUGAUCGUCAGCAGCAGCGUUCAGGACAACCAGCUCCACGACCUCAGCCUGGACCCCUACAGCCGCCAUCUCUACUGGACCUGUGAGACUACCAACACCAUCAAUGUGCAGCGCAUGGACGGACACACGGUGGGCGUGGUCCUGAAGGACGACACGGACAAACCGCGAGCCAUCGUGGUCAAUGCCGAGAAAGGGUACAUGUACUUCACCACAGUUCAGGAGCGCUCGGCUAAGAUCGAGGGAGCGAGUCUGGACGGGACGGAGAGAGAGUCUCUGUUCACCACGGGACUCAUCCGACCCGUCGCCCUCGCUCUUGACAACAAACUGGGGAAACUGUUCUGGGUGGACGGAGACCUCAAACGCAUCGAGAGCAGCGACCUGACAGGAGCCAAUCGCAUCGUCCUCCAGGACUCCAACAUCCUGCAGCCGAUGGGUCUGACCAUCCUGGGAGAUCACCUGUACUGGAUCGACCGGCAGCAGCAGAUGAUCGAGAGGGUGGACAAACUGACCGGGGACGGACGCACGCGCAUCCAGGGACGGAUCUCAUACCUGACCUCCGUCCACGCUGUGGACGAGAUGGAUCCUCAGGAGUUCGCAUCACAUCCUUGUUCCCGUGACAACGGCGGCUGCUCUCACAUCUGCAUCGCCAAAGGAGACGGCACGCCUCGAUGCAGCUGUCCCAUGCACCUGGUGUUACUGCAGGACCUGCUGCACUGUGGAGAGCCUCCCACCUGCUCCACAGAGCAGUUCACCUGCACCACGGGCGAGAUCGACUGCAUCCCCAUGGCGUGGCGCUGUGACGGUUUCGCUGAAUGCGAUGACAGCAGCGACGAGGAGAACUGUCCCGUCUGCUCUGCGUUUCAGUUCCAGUGUGAUAAAGGCGGCUGCAUCGAGGCUCAGCGCCGCUGCAACGGAGAACCCGACUGUGCCGACCACUCAGACGAGCAGGACUGUGAGACCAUAUGUCCUCCCAAUCAGUUCCGCUGUGGAGACAAUCAGUGCAUCACCAAGAAACAGCAGUGUGACAACUACUCCGACUGUCCUGACGGCUCCGAUGAGCUCGCCUGCGAGUUUGUGUCUCCUCCAUCCAGCGGCAUCCCGAACACCGGUCCAAACACCGUCGGCCCCGUCAUCGCCAUCAUCCUGCUCGUCUUUGUGAUAGGCGGGGCUUAUUUUGUGUGCCAGCGGGUGGUGUGUCGACGCUACAAGGGCCCCAGUGGGACUUUUCCUCACGAGUACAUCAGUGGAACGCCGCACGUUCCCCUCAACUUCAUCGCCCCGAGCAGCUCGCAGCACGGCACCUUCCAAGGUAUUUCCUGUGGGAAGUCCAUGAUGAGCUCGGUCAGCCUGAUGGGCAGCAGCAGCAGCGGAGCACCGCUCUACGACAGGAACCAUGUGACCGGAGCCUCGUCCAGCAGCUCCUCAUCCACCAAGGGAGCCUUCUACCCUCAGAUCCUGAACCCUCCUCCGUCCCCGGCCACAGACCGCUCUCUCUACAACGCAGAGAUCUUCUACUCCUCCAACAGUCCCUCCACCACCAGAUCAUACAGACCGUAUCAUCCCGUCAGAGGAGCAGCCCCGCCCACAACGCCCUGCAGCACGGACGUCUGCGACAGCGACUACACCCCCCACCACCUGCCAGCCGGGCUGGCAUCGUCGGCGGGCCGCUGGAAGGCUGUGGGCCACGGGGGCCACGGCAAACACAACAAGUACUACAUGGACCUCAAUUCAGACUCGGACCCGUACCCUCCACCCCCCACCCCCCGCUCACAGUACCUGUCAGCCGAGGAGAGCUGCCCCCCCUCCCCCUCUACCGAGCGCUCAUACUUCCACCUGUGCCCUCCUCCGCCGUCACCCUGCACCGACUCCUCGUGACCCUCCAACGGCCCCAGAGUCCUGUGAAGAGGGCCAGAGGGGCGGGGGGGGUGGUCUGGUCCGGCUCACCUUUACAGGUAACAAACUCGUGCCAACAUUCAGCUCAGACUGACUCAGACCUGCUGGCCCAGAUCCCGUGCAACAGGUCCCACACCUGUCUCAUCAUUCCAGUCGUCCUGCAGCUCUCAGGGUGACCUUCAUCACAUCAGUCUGUCGCCAGGUGUUCACUCAGGUGUUCACUCAGGUGUUCACCCAGGUGUUCACUCAGGUGUUGUUCACUCUCACAGGACGGAGAGGACGAGUGAGCACAGCCAGCUGCUCCCUCUUUAACCUUCAUUCCUUCCUCUGCUGGGCCACCAAUCUGUCCAAUCCCGAGCCAGAAUCCUUCCCUCUGAACUCCUCGACAUGUUCAUGAACUCAGACUGAGCGGUGUGUGUUGAUGUGUGCCGACGGUUCAUCCCAUCCUUCCUCGCUGCGUCCUUGUUGGCAGGACUGUACAUAGUGUUAAGAUAAUGAAGAGAAAGAAUCAGAGAGGAAUUAUUUUAGUGUUUGUUCACGCUGGCUGAUCCUCCGCUCCUCACAAACAGAGGACGUGUGGGCGGUGGAGCGAGGAGCGAGCCGUGGAUGUUUCACUUGAUGUAGGACAUUAGAUGAAUUCUCAGACGAUGACUGAAUGAAUGUCAAUGAAUAAAUGAAUGAAUGAAUGAGUGGGGGGAAAAGGGCCACGAUCAAAGCAAGGCGGGGCUGAAAAUAUGAUCACAAUAUUUUUUCUAUAAUGAUCAAUAUUGAUAUUUAUCUCAAUGUAAUGAUUUGAUAAUGUUGCCAGUUUGAAGAGUAUCCCGGGACGGUGGACGCCUGAAGAAACCACUUUCACUAAGAAUGAACAAAAACAACGGGUGCCUCACUUUUGAUCACAGGCUUCCUAAGGCUGUUUUUUAUCUUAAAGAUCAUGAAAACAGAUUUAAAAACCACAGAAGGAUGCCGUGUCAGAGGAGAAAUUCUGGGUUUGUCAAACACUUGUUAGAGAACACAGUAAGGGGCUGAGAGCCAAGCUGCUGCUAAUGAUGUUAGCUCAGUCAUAAGGUUAAAAUCCCUUAGUGUUCUUAGCUCACGAGGUUGAUACUGUUAGCGACAAUAUCAGCAGAAGUGUCAAAAACAAACAGAGCCAGUGAUAAAAGAUAAAAGCCAGUAAAACCUUGAUAAAGCUACGUUUUGUUUUCCAAAUGCAUUCUGGCAAAGCUGCAGCCGAGCUGCAGCUAACGUCAGCUGUUUCUCUGAUAGCUUAAGACCCUUUGAUGACUAAAAUCCUUCAUUCAAUUAGAAUGUAAAGUGAAGAAAAAAAACACUAGAUCAAACUGUUUCACCUAAAAGAGUAUGUCUGCCCGACCCUUUUUUGCGGACACAGCAGGAGUCCGAGAGCCAAACUGCUGCAAAUGACAAUAGCUCCGUUUUAUGGUUAAGGUUUCUUCAUUGAGGUUUUUACUUUUAGCCGAAUUGUCCGAGGAAGUGUCCUCCUGUCCAAAACAAAUAGAGCCAGUUUUAAAAGCCAGUAAAAGUCUAAUAAAUCAGUGUCAUCUUUUUUUAAUGGACUUUGUGGACCGCUAGCUGAGCUGCACUUAACUUUAGCUCAGCUUGUUCUCUGAUGGUUUCAGACUCUUUCAUCCAGUUAAAAAAGUUACGCACUGCAAAAAAAAGAUCCUGUAUAAAUGUUUCGCUGUCCGAUGUGCGAGCUUAAAACCUACACACUGAUUGGCUGUUGUUGCGUUCACUUCCACUGUGACGGGAAUUCAGAUGUUUCUCUAUUCAGUAAAAAUAUCCUCAUGAAGUUAAUCACGAUUCUGUACGGAAAACGUUUUAGCGCCCGCGCCCCAAACAAAGAGAAGUUUUUUUUUUUUUUUUUUAAAGUGCCCCUCACAUUUCAAACUGGGAUUUCUUCUGUGGUUAAAUGUUGAACCUUAUGAGGUGGUCGAGCUUUUCAACACAAACACGUCUCCUAACAUACCAAAUGACAUGUAAAGCUAUUGUACAUACGUGUAAUGAAGUCAGUGAUCUGAAUCUGAACCUCUUCCAUCAUUCACCUUCGUCUUCCCGUUUACCAAAAGUCUGUUUGCUGCUAUCGUGUACAUACUCUAUGACGAUUACACAGAGAGACCCAAAUGACCACGUUCAUACUGACCAUAGAUCAUGAAGCUAUUUUACACUUAAUAACAGAUUAUUCUUAUAGCAACUUUUUUGUAUUUCUGUUUGUGUGUAGAUCAUUUUGUGUGUUUCUGUGUCAUGUUCGUAGGUUUGAAGGAGUUUGUAAGAAAUGGGUUUAAAGAGUUCCCGCCGAGACGUUCCCACGCUGUCCGUAAAUCUCAGAUAUUUCCUCAACAGAAAAAAAAAAGCUGGAGAAGAUUAAACUCAUCAAUCUUUAUUUGUAAAGCGCCAAUUCAUAACAAGAGUUACCUCGAGACUUAAAGAUCAGAUGUGAUAAUAUGCAGGAAGGAUUCCUCCUUUGUAUUCCUCUCGUUCAUGUUGUCCGCACUUCCUCCCCGCUGAGGUCAGAGGUCGUGCAGGAAUGAGGACGGAGGUGGUUGAGCGGACGACAUAGUCUGAUGGUGGACGCUGGGCGUCAGGGAUGUCGGGUGGUAGCAGUGACAGAUCGCCUCGCUGUAGGUUGUUGGAGCUCCGUCUACUGGAAAGCCGGGCUGCUGCUGCCGGGACGAGGCCCUGGAGGGGGGAUGUACUCAGACUUGAUGAAAGGUUAAUUUACUCUCAGGUGACGGCUUCACUGCGUCCUACGGAAGAGGAUUAGGGCAACUGAAAAAAAGAAAAUUUGGUUUCUGAUUUUAUUUUUUUUUACGCUGAAGCCUUCAGUUUGUCAGGUGCAGCAGCUCACCUGAGUGACUGCACUUAUCUAUCGCCUUAUUGGUCUUCUGAAUUUACAUAUCAACAUUCACCCAGAGAUGAUUCUCUCACACUCAGCUGUGCCUUCAGGAGCAUUUUAGACAAGUCCAGUUCAGCAUCAAACCACCGACUGCGUGUUUGCUGAACCUCCGGCCUUAUUUAGGACAAAGUUUGGGCCUUAGAGUUUUAAAAUCUCGUCCUGCGUUUCAUCCGGCUCACAGGAAGUAGACUGCUCUCAUCGACCUGACAUCAGCUUCCUGUUUCAGACGUCGCUGUCCUCCAGGGUUUGAACGUCUCCAGCGCUACAUUAACCAGCAGCAGCUCUGAUGCUGAUAAAGGUGUCGGCCGUGCGUUAAGGCAGACCUGUUUCUAUCAUAAAGACGUACAUCUCUUUGUGUUUAAUGUCGGGUUUCCUGUGUUCCCGCCGGGCGCCACUCCUUAAAAAAACAACCAAAUUUAUGUAUGCACUUAAAGAAAAGGGAUCGAGAAUAAACGAGCGUGUUUGAGAAGGAAGGAGAAUAUGUUGGUUGUAGAGUUUUAGUCGACUGUUAGUGUGUCUCGAUCCUCCACCAGGAAUCAGUGUGUGUGUCAGCGUGGUUGUUUUUCCGUUUCCGUGGGAACUCUUUGCCUUGUCCGUAUUUCAGGCCGCCGGCCUCGCCUCAAACCACUGUGUCAGUAAAACUCCUUAAAACCUGUUUUUUGUCGUCUCAGCUAAAAAUGCUUUGUGUAAUUCACACGUGACAAAUUUUUGUAUCAAAAGCAUUUUUAUAUAAUAAAGGUUCUAUUUUAAGGAA